AUGGAGUCUCAGAAUUCAAACCUGACCUGUAUCAUCUGCCUGGACUUCUUCAAAUACCCUGUAACCAUCCCCUGCGGGCACACCUUCUGUAAGAACUGCAUCACCAAGUACUGGGACUCGCAGAGCAAGUUCGAUACCGUGCCUCAGUGCCCCAUCUGCAAGGAGGAGUUUUCCGCCAGGCCCGCCCUCAAGCGUAACGUGUCCCUGUCUGUGCUGACCGAGGCUGCCAACAGCAGCAAACAGCAUCCUGUGGGCAGGAGCGGCGACGGGGCCAGAGCCAUGCUGCUCUGCGAUCGGCACAAGAAGCCUCUGGUUUACUACUGCAGGCAGGACAGAUCCUCCGUUUGCUGUGAAUGCUGCAACUCAGAAUGUGGGAAUCACGAGACCGUCCCGUUGGAGGCGGAGAGGGAAAAUCAGGAGCUGCAGCUGGAAAGGAAAAGUAAAGAGGUGGGAAAAGUCCUGGAGGAGACGCAGAAAAGUAUAAAUGAGCUGGCGGAGAACAUCAAUCAAGCUAAGGCGAGUGUUCAUAUGAAAGUGACUCUGGAGCAGACUUCAGCCUGGGUGAACAUGAAAUUCUCCACCAUGAUAAAGAGCCUGGCGGAGAAGCAGGAGGCGGCAGAUCUCUUCCUCGCUGAGCAGAAGGAGGUGACCAUUGCAGAGGCCGAGGCGCGGUUGGCCCAGCUCCAGGAGCGCUCCCAGAUCCUGCGAGAGAGUCAGGGCCAAAUAGCAGCGCUGCACGGCCUCUGCCACACCGACCUCAUCAGGGAAUCCAUGCUCAUAGAGGUUCCGCGUUUCAAGGAAAUCCCCACGGACGUAUCCCCCAGCCUGCAGGACCGGUUGAACUGCGUCACAGACGUCCUCUCCCGAGUCUUUAAGCUGGUGUCUGAGGACCUGGACAAGGCUGUGACCACAACCGUGGGCCAGGACAAAGAUGGCUCUCCUCAGGAUAAGAGACCAGUACUAGCCGUGGUUCCCAGUCCGGCUGCCCCGUGCCACCCUGGUGGGAAGGAAGGCCUCAGUGCUUACCGAUGCUCUCUGACCUUUGACCCUCGCACGGCCAAUGGGCAUCUGAUCCUCUCCCAGGAAAACCGCAGGGCGGAGCACCUGACCUCUGGUCCUCGGCCAGUCCUCCCCCACGAGGCGCGCUUUGACCACACCUGGCAGGUGCUCUGCUUCCAGGGCUUCAAGAGUGGCCGGCACUACUGGGAGCUGGAGGUGUCCAAACCCUGGGCCUACCUCGGGGUGACCUACGAGACCAUCCCCAGGAAGGAGAAGGGCAAGAGGUGCAUGGUGGGCAUGAACGAGCUGUCCUGGAGCCUGCAGCUGGACGAGCAGCAGCUGUGUGCCUGGCACAACGGCCGGCGGGAGACGCUGGGGGGUCACUCCCACCACGGCCGCAUCGGGAUGCUGCUGGACUACGAGGCGGGGACGCUGACCUACUACGGAGACGGGCAGACCAGGCUCCACGCCUUCCACUGUGCCUUCACCCAGGAGCUGUUUCCCGCCUGCUGGAUAGGAGAGGGGGUCAGCAUCACCCUGUGCCCCCCCUGA